GGUUGAGUGCAGGAGAAAAGGGGAGGGAGAAAUAGGUAGAAAUAGCUGGAUUUCCUCUGCAUGUGAAUGGCCAGCAGAUCUGAAUAUGGAUUUCAUAAGGAAUAGACUUUUCAUUUGUUUUCGAAGGAAAAGAAGAUCUGGAGGGCAUCAGCAACCUAUGAAAGAGCCGACAAUUACAUUGCAAAUAGGUGGAGUAACGGUGAUAUUGAAAAAUGGGGACAUCACUAAAGAAAGUGUGGAUGCCAUAGUCAACACUACCAACAAGACAUUGGACUUGCAAUCCGGUGUGUCUGAGGCGAUAUUGAAAGCUGCAGGAAGUUCUGUUAAGGAUGAAUGCAAGAAGUUAGGUUCCCAGGCAAAUGAUGGCAUUGUGGUCACUGGAGGUGGGCAGCUGCAGUGCUUAUAUAUUGUGCACAUGGUUGGGCCUACGACGGCACCUCUCAUUACAGCAGCAGUAGAAAAGACUCUCAGAAUAUGUGACCACAGGAACAUUGCUACUGUUGCGUUCCCCGCCAUAGGAACAGGUAAAGCUGGGAUUGAUCCCCAAGUCGCCAUCAAAGCAAUCUUUGAUGGAAUGGACAAUUACUUCCUGACGAACAUGGCUUCAAACCUGAAAAUCAUUACCAUUGUCACAUUUGAUACAACUGUUUAUGAUUCUUUUGCUGCAGUUUUUGAUGAAUGUCUGCAAACGUACAGUGGAAGCUCCAUGGUAUCAGUCCAGAGCAACUCCUCAAAUCAGUCCAUCUCCCCUUUGGUGUAUCCGUUGGGGACACUGCCGUUCUACCCGACAGUACAAAUAGAUGGAAUAACAGUGAUGCUGAAACAAGGGGACAUCACUAAAGUAGGUGUGGAUGCCAUAGUGAACUCUACCAACAAGACCAUGGACAUGAACUACGGUGCCUCUGGGGCGAUACUGGAAGCUGCAGGAAGUUCUGUUAAGAAUGAAUGCAAGAUGUUAGGUUCCCAGCCACAUGAUGGUGUUGUGGUCACUGGAGGCGGGCGGCUGCAGUGCUUAUAUAUAAUGCACAUGGUUGGACCUAAGACUGUGCCGUUCAUUACAGCAGCAGUAGAAAAGAUUCUCGAAAAAUGUGACCAGUUGAACAUUGCUACUGUUGCGUUCCCUGCCAUAGGAACAGGCAACGCUGGGAUUGAUCCCCGAGUCGCCAUCAACGCAAUCUUUGAUGGAAUGGAGAAUUACUUGCAGACGAACACGGCUUCAAACCUGAAAACCAUUACCAUUGUCGCAUUUGAUACAAAUGUCCAUGAUUGUUUUGCUACGGUUUUUGAUGAAUGCCUGGAAAUGUCCAGUGGAAGCUCCAUGGGAACAGGAGCAAGAAACUCCACAAAUCAGAUAUCCACCAUAUCUUUGCAAGACCUCCCACAAAAUUGGACUCCGAUGAACGAUCAGGAGUAUCUCGACUUUACCCUACAGGUUGGCUCAGCGGAAUACAACAAGGUAGCAGAUGAUUUCAAGACAUCGUGCCAGAACAUUGUAGUUAAAGUAAUUCAGAUCGAAAGGAUUCAGAAUUGCAAACUUUGGCAAAGUUACUCUGUCAGGAAGGAGACAGUGGAUAGAAAGUAUCCGAAUGGGGAAAAUGAGAAAAUCCUGUAUCACGGGACCUCACGCAAAACUGCUGAUAAAGUGAAAAAGUUAGGCUUCAACAGAAGUUUUUUUGGCAAAAACGCCGCACGUUAUGGAAACGGCACCUACUUUGCCAAAAACGCCAAAUACUCAUGUGACGACAAGUACUCCAGGCCCAGUAAUCAGGGAUACAAAUACAUAUUUCGGGCACGAGUGAUAACUGGGAAGAUGUGCCUGGGGAAGCCAUCGAUGAAGGAACCAUCUCCAGUAGAUGCAUACAAGGAUAGGACUAAUCUCUGUGACUGUGCGGUGGACAACACAUCAAACCCGUCCGUGUUUGUUAUCUUUUGUGACGAUGGGGCUUAUCCCGAAUACUUAAUAACCUUUAAAAAAUAAGGAACAGCACAAGUAGGUGGAACCAGGUCUAUUUGAGAGAAUAUUGGGGAAGAAAUUCCAUGCGGUGCUGGAUUCAUUCCUAUUUCCUUGACAUUUAAGAAUUUGGCGAAUUUUAAUAAACUCACUCUCGGUUUGUUUGCCGUUUCUUUUAAGAACUACAGCAAACUGCUUUCCAAAUUAAGAUUGUAUUUCGGAACUUGACAAACUGCCGUGUGCCUUUCACCACUGGUGCCUUUGAGGGGAGAGGAAGAGUAAUUCUUUCAUGAGUUCUUGGG